AUGGCUACCUCUUUUUGUUAUUCCUCAUGUCUAGUUACCAAAGGUUCUUAUAUCCUUUUGUUUUUAUCUUUAUUUAUGUUGUUGUUUCCUCUGAAUGAAUCAGAGUAUUUCAAUUUCGAUCGUUUUGAUGCUGGUGAUAUGAGUAUAUCAUAUACAGGGGAUGCAGUAGUUUCUGUUGGAGCCGUAGAGCUGAUAAACAGAUACACUUACGUCAAUCGUGUUGGCCAAGCCAUAUACGCUAAUCCAAUCCCAAUAUGGGACCAAAAGUCUGGUAAACUUACCGAUUUCACUACUCACUUCACUUUUGUCAUCGAUAUACAAGUCCAGAGCGUGUAUGGUCAUGGGCUUUGUUUCUUUCUAGCCCCAGUUAGCUUCCAAAUCCCACCCAACUCAGGUGGAGGCUUUUUAGGCCUCUUCAAUACAACUUACACAAAUUCACCACAAAACCAAAUGAUAGUCGUUGAGUUUGAUUCUCGCUGGAACGAGGAAUGGGAUCCGCAAGAUGAACGUGGUGAUCACGUAGGUAUUAACAGGAACUCGCUUUUUUCUGCUAAUUACACUUCUUGGAAUGCAAGUAUACACAGUGGAGACCCUGCAGAUGUCUGGGUUUCUUACAGUUCUACCACUCAAAUGCUGGACCUGCGAUGGAGCUACGGUGGUGGAAAUGAUUCUGAUACAAAUACAAGUCUUUCAUAUCAAGUCAACCUCCGGGAAGUUCUUCCUGAGCAAGCAAUAGUCGGGAUUUCAGCAGCCACUGGUAGCAGCGGAGAGAGAACGAGACAUAUCCUUCAAAACUGGGAGUUUAAUUCAACCUUGCAAAUGAAGAAAAAUAGCGAAGAUAAUUCCAAGGAAUGGAAACUAGCAGUUGGCUUAACUGUCCCUCUUAGUGUUCUACUUGUGGCAGCAGCAUGUAUUAUACUAGUAUGGAAAACACAAAGAAAACCUACAAGGGAGCUCGAGACAGUUGCCUUGACAUCAAUGAAUGAUGAUCUUGAACGAGGAGCGGGUCCAAAGAGGUUUUCUUAUAGUGAUCUCGUUUCCGCCACUAAUAACUUCUCUAAUGAUAGGAAGUUGGGUGAAGGGGGAUUCGGGUGUGUCUACAAAGGCUACUUAUCACGUGAAGGUAUCGUAGUUGCUGUCAAGAAAAUUUCACAGGGUUCUCGACAAGGAAAGAAAGAGUACAUAACUGAAGUGAAGAUUAUUAGCAGUUUAAGACACCGAAAUUUGGUGAGACUAAUUGGUUGGUGUCAUGAUCAAACUCAAUUCUUGCUUGUUUAUGAGUUUAUGCCAAAUGGAAGCCUUGACUCUCACCUCUUUGGUCAAAAAAGUCACAUUCAGUGGGCUGUAAGGUACAAGAUCGCAACAGGCUUAGCUUCUGCAUUACUGUAUUUACACGAGGAAUGGGAACAAUGUGUGGUACAUCGGGAUAUCAAAACAAGCAACAUUAUGCUUGAUUCAGGUUUCAAUGCUAAGCUUGGAGACUUUGGAUUGGCUCGACUUAUGGACCAUGAGAUGGGCCCACAAACAACCGGUUUAGCUGGAACACUAGGCUACUUGGCUCCUGAGUGUGUUACAACGGGAAAGGCUAGCAAAGAGUCGGAUGUAUAUAGCUUUGGAGUUGUUGCUUUAGAAAUUGCUUGUGGGCGAAAGGCUAUGGAUAGCGUUGACCCGAAUUCUGAUCUUGGGUUGGUGAAGUGGGUCUGGGAUUUACUAGGAAAAGGUGAGCUGCUUUCGGGUGUGGACCAAAAGCUGAACAAGGAAUUUGACGUCAAACAAGUGGAAUGUUUGAUGAAGGUGGGGUUAUGGUGUGCACAUCCUGACCGGAACUUGAGACCAUCUAUUAGGCAAGCGAUUCAAGUGCUAAAGUUUGAGGCCGCGGUCCCAAAUCUUCCAAUGAAGAUGCCGGUUCCCAUAUACCCUGCAGCACAAGAUGAUCCUGAAGUCAGUUCAGGAGCCGCUUCGGUGACUUACACUAGCACUGAUCUGAUACGUUGA